AUGACUGAUAAGUGUGUGGUAUGUGGCUAUAGAAGCAGACGUGGAGACUGUUUAUCUUUUCAUAGAUUUCCUGACAAUAUCCAGAGAAGGCAAAUGUGGCUGAAUGCUCUGAAUUUAGAAAAGUCAAACAAAUGGCAUUAUGUUUGUGGAAAACAUUUCAACAACAAUGAUUACACUGUCGGAUUAUCUGGACUAAGGAUAUUGAAUCGGGAAGCAAUUCCAUUUAUGCUAGUUCCACAAGAUUUUGUUGAUUCAAGUUCUGAAAGUACAAUCACUGCUUCAGUAUCAUCAGGAAGAACAAUAACUGCAUCAAUUUCUGAAGAUGGCACACUUACAGCCUCAGAAAAGGGGUAUUUUCAUGAAGACACUGGUAUAAAAAGACAAGAAAUUGCAGAUGUGGAAAAUCUUUUCAAAAUUCCUGAAAGAGAAAGGUUGAGCAUAAAAGAUAUUUUGGAGACAUUAAUAGUGAAGACAUGGCAAGUCCAACAAAAGCAUGGAAAGCUCAAUUAUGGAAGAAAAAUUCAUACUCUGCAACAACAAAAUCGAAGGAGAAAAGCCAGAGUUACCAGUUUGAAAUCAGUAUUAAAUUACCUCACGCAGCAAAAUCUCUUGUCUAAUUCAGCACUGGAAACCAUUGAAGCUUCAUUACCUGGACCUGUAGUUGAGGUAGUGAAGAGAAUUCUGAAAGGAUCCAAAUGUCAACAAUACUCACCAUCCCUACGAGCAUUUGCAUUGACUUUGCACUUUUAUUCUCCAAGAGCCUACAACUAUGUCAGGGAAAAAUUCAAUAAAGCCUUGCCGCAUCCCUCAACAGUUAGUAAAUGGUAUCAGCACAUUAAUGGCAGUCCAGGAUUCACAACAGAAUCAUUGAAUGCUAUUAGAGGAGAAGUAGAGGAGAAUAAACUCAAGGAUAAGGCAACCUAUGCUAAUUUAGUGAUGGAUGAAAUGUCCAUACGUAAGAAAGUUGAAUGGGUAGAAAAUAGGUUCAUUGGUUUUGUUGAUUUUGGAAAUGAUUUUGACAGUGAUUCACUUUGUAACAUAUCAAGGCUCCCUAACUAUGGAGUGACAUUGGUUCCCUGUCUAAUUAGUGGUGUUGAAACUAGGCGCGAAUUGACCGAGCGAAGACUGUUUCGCUAA